GGCACAGGCAGCGCACAGAUCCUCCUGGCCUCUCCACCCAGGGACAUGCUGGCCGCUUCCAGGAGCCACCUUAGCCCUGCUGUGCCGUGUACCAGGAGCUGCCUGAUGAUGAAGGCAUCAGCUAUGCUGCAAAAAUAUGGAUCCUUUGAAGAAGUGGAGCAGGAGACAGAAGAGUCAGAUGAGAAAGAUAUAACUGAACUAAACUUUUUACCAAGAGAACUAGAAAGAGAAGAUAAUGCCUUGGACACCAUAGACCAGGAUACAGUGGGGUGUGAAGAGAAGAAAAGAAGAAUUCAAGAUCCUAACAUAUCCAUGAAAAAGAAAAGAAAGAGAAAGAGACCUGUAAUAAGUCUGACCAACUGCAAGUAUGAGAGUGUGCGUCGGGCUGCUCAGCAGUAUGGCUUACGGGAAGCAGGGGAGAAUGAUGAGUGGAACCUCUAUUGGACAGACUAUUCAGUCUCACUGGAUCGGGUAAUGGAAAUGAAAAGUUACCAGAAAAUCAACCACUUCCCUGGGAUGAGUGAAAUCUGUAGGAAGGAUUUGCUGGCCAGGAACAUGAGCAGGAUGCUAAAGCUCUUUCCAAAAGAAUUUAACUUCUUUCCCAGGACCUGGUGUCUUCCUGCUGACUACGGAGAUUUGCAGACCUAUAGCAGAUCAAGGAAACAUAAGACAUACAUCUGUAAGCCCGACUCCGGCUGUCAAGGGAGAGGCAUCUUCAUCACCAGAUCUGUGAAAGACAUAAAACCUGGAGAGGAUAUGAUCUGCCAGCUCUACAUCUCAAGGCCUUUUAUUAUUGAUCGUUUUAAGUUUGAUCUGAGGAUUUACGUGCUGGUGACAUCAUGUGACCCUCUGAGGAUAUUUGUCUAUAAUGAGGGCCUUGCACGUUUUGCUACAUCAGCCUACUCUGAUCCCUCACACAGUAAUCUGGAUGAUAUCUGCAUGCACUUGACUAAUUAUUCCAUUAACAAGCACAGUACUAAUUUUGUCCGAGAUGAAGAUUCUGGAAGUAAGAGGAAGCUCUCCACCUUUAAUAAGUACAUGCAGAAACAUGGCUAUGAUACCGACCAGAUGUGGCUGGAUAUAGAAGAUGUUAUUAUUAAAACCCUGAUAUCAGCACAUCCUAUUAUCAAACAUAACUAUCACACUUGCUUCCCCAACCACACUGUGGGUAGCGCUUGCUUUGAAGUAUUAGGAUUUGAUAUUCUGUUGGAUCACAAACUCAAACCUUGGUUGCUUGAGGUGAAUCACUCUCCAAGCUUCACCACUGACUCCUGGUUAGACAAAGAAGUGAAGGACCAGCUGCUGUAUGACACUUUGGUUCUGAUAAAUUUAGGGGCCUGUGACAAGAGAAAAAUCCUAGAAGAAGAGAAACGGCGAGGAAAGGAGAGACUCCUGAAGCAAUGCCAUUCUCGAGAGACCAGGGCUGAGGAGUAUAGGAACUGCCAGGCCACUUGGUUGAAACAAGCUGAGAAAUAUGAGGAGAAAAACAUAGGUGGUUUUCGCAGAAUUUACCCCAAAUCUGAUUUGGACAAAUAUGAUAAGUUUUUCCAGCACAACAAUUCACUCUUUCAGGAGACUGCAGCUUCCAGGGCACGAGAAGAACAUGCUAGGCAGCAGCUACAGGAGCUGCGAAUGAAGCAUGAGCAAAAAACAGCCCAUUUGCGAGAGAAGAAGAUAGAGCUGCUGGGGGAGUCUGGAUCUGAGAAGAUAAAGACUUUCAAACAGAAGUUAGUGAGCAGGGCAGCUACAGCACAAGGAUUAAGACAGCAUUAUCUUUGUUCAGUGUCAGGACCUAGCGCUCCUCUCCUGCUUCACAGUUUCUCAGGUGAAAAAGAAACAAAAAAAGAAUUGGUUAACGGGGAAUCAAGCAUCCCACCAAAAGAGCACCCCAACACUCAUGAGUAUUCAAAUGCACCUGAAAAACAAGUGGUACAGCACUGCAGCUCCAUGCCAAACUUGACAGUGCAGAACUCAACUAGUGCCCCGGACCAGUACAACUCCAACCGUGACCUGAGGGACCGCACAGUACAUGGUCAUCACUCUGCAGCAGAUAUGGACAUCAGAUUAAUACUCCAAACACCAGUGGAUUGUUCCAAAGUAUCAGAUAAUCCAAUUCAUUCUUCUUCAAAACCUUUCCCAACAUUGGCUCAACCUCGGACUGCAGUCACAACAGCAACUGACGUGGUUUACUGUGAAAGCAUAGUCACUCAGAAUUUGGUGCCAUUUGGAUACCAGAGAGAGCAACUCCCGCCCCAUGUCAGGGAGAACUUGACCUCAUACUCAAAAGUCCAUAGACCACACAAAAACUUGAUAGAGCCUGAAAUAGAAAAGAAACCUAUCUUGGUGUCAGAAUUCUUCAGCAAACCCAAUUUCACACCGGGAGAGAAGGCCAUAAUAUUCCCUUUUCGCCACCACCCUCAUCUCAUCAGUAGAACACAAAGUGCUUUCCACUCCAGGAGAAUCCAUCUGAGUAGCAGAAACUCCACAGACAAGAGACAAACGCAACUUCAGAGUGCUCAAAGAGUUUUCCAAAAAACAAAUUGUCACCAGUUCAGCCUUCAGGACCUUUUGGUGAUCUCCGCCCCAGGUCAAGUGGACCCGCGACCUAGGAAAAACAAUACCCUAACUUCAGGGGAUAUUCCGAUGGGCAGGAAUAGCAAUGAACUCCUGCAGUGAUCUGGGACAGGGAGGCAGAACACAGAAGGUACAUUCCAGAGAGAGAAAGGGCAGAUUCGAGGUUGCUACAGCAGGCCUGAGCAGAAUUGCGGCACUGUUUUGCCUCCUGAAGUCUGAGAGAUGCUCACUCCUGUAGACAAUCUGUUCAUCAGGAACUGACAGAAACAUUUUGUUGUUUCUUUUCAAAUAUACUCCUUGGUGAUUGCCUCCAGUUAUACAGCUUCCAUAGCAUGAAACAUCAAUGUGUCACCAAUGACAUUUGCAUUCAAAAAAAAAAAAGUCAGGAGUUUGUGGGUGUCUUGAUGUGAAACUGUCGUACUGGAACUUGAUGUACAUCUCCUCCCUGUGGCAGUGUCUUCUUACUGCCAACUCUUGUUUUAGUUUAGUGAAAAAUUAUUUUGUAAGAAGAAUUCCAGUGUGAUGUCUGCUCUAUUCAACUGAACAUCAGCCAUUAAGGGGAAAAUUCUGUGACUGAAUUUCAGCUGCACAACUCCUAAUAUCAGCUGGAACUGCACAGCUGAAUCCUUGCAGCAUAAUUUGAAAAUUUACCCUGAAAUGUGCAGGACAUACUUAUUUUAGCUAAUGUAGAGUGAAGUUACAGUCCUGACUUUUAACAAGAGUUCAUAGGAAAUAAAAAUGGGUAGUGUAGUGUAGAGGGGAUUUUACUUUUCAGGGCCACAGAAAGCAAAGGCAGGAAGCUGAAACAAAAAGCACAAUAGGUACAUGCUGUGGCAGAGUAGUGAAGAUAUGUGAAGUAGCUUUCUGUAUUGGCAGAAGAAGUUUUCCAUUAAUGUAGUUAAUCCACCUCUCUGAGGGCUGGUAGCUAGGUGUACAGAAGUAUUCUUCCACUGAUCUAGCUGCACCUACAUUGGAGGUUUGGUUGACCUCGCGACGACGCACAAGGCACAAAACUUUUCAUAACUCUGAGCGACGUAGCUACGUCAAUCUACAUUUUUAAGUGUAGAUUCCCCCAAACGUGAUGUUGCAGGUCUUUAAUGCUCUCAGAGAGUACUCUACCCUCAUAAAAAUGCCCUUUGUUGGCCUAGUCUCCAUCUGAUUAGUGGGGACAAGGUCUAAAAUCACUGAAAGAAGUUAAUUCAUUGAAUGCGGCUGCUUCUUUUUCAAGUUGUGUUUCUGAACAUGCAUGUUUGAUAAUAAAAUUCGUAAUAGCAAUGGCUACUCAGAUCAUGCUGAAAGCCGUAAUACAGAGAGGAUGGCUGGCUGACUGGACAUAUGGAUGUGGUAUGGGACACAAGGAUCGGCAACAUAAGUACUGCUAGGUAGGAAAUGCUUUUGUCUAUUGGAGAUGUGCUAAGAUCUAUCACCUUUUCAUAAUGGAAAGUCUUUUAAAUAUUUGCAGUUGUGAACAAGGAUACCCCCCCAGCUCAUUAUUAAUUAUCAUAUAUAAUGCCAACAACACUCUGCAGAUCUGCAAGAA